AUGUCUAAAAUCGCAAUCAUGCAACAAUUGAAUGGGAAUUGGGAUAACUAUGGGAGAUUUAGAGAUUUUGAAGUUGAUGCCAUUGUGGUAGAUGAGAAUGCAAGCUACAGUUCGUCUGGAUCCCUAAAGUUACUUGAUAUUCCAUCCUCUCCAGCUAUAGAGGAAUAUAAAAGUGAAAUAAUAACAAAAUCUAUGCAAACUGCUAUUGAAGAAGGACAAGUGUAUCAGGACAAGCAAACUGUAGUUGCUGCAAUGAAGCACUUUUCUGUGAUGCACAAGUUCCAGUUCAGAGUUAAAAGAUCUAGUCAUAGAAGCUACGGGCUUGUAUGCAUUGGUGAAAACUGUAAAUGGCACUUCAAGGCAACGUCAAUUAAUGAUUCUGCAAUGUUCAAGAUAAGGAGUUUCAACCGACAACACACAUGCUCCUUAAUGGACGAAACAUUCAUACAGCGCAAACGUACUGCAGUUGUAGUUGGUAGCAUGGUCAUUCCAAAGUAUUAUGAUCCUAAGACUGUUUACACACUAAAGGACAUACAAACUGACAUGUUAUCCGAACACGAAGUGAACCUAAGCUACAUGCAAGCAUGGAGAGCAAAGGAAAAGGCUUUACAGUUUUUGAGAGGGAAUCCGGCUGACUCCUAUAGCAAAUUACCCAAAUAUUUUUAUAUUCUUGAGGAGACUUAUCCUGGUUCGAUUGUUAAAUUGAAGAAGACAGUAAAUGAAUGUUUCUUAUACGCAUUUGUUGCUCUUUGUACAUCAACAAGUGGUUGGAAAUAUUGUAGGCCAGUAGUAGUGGUUGAUGGGACAUUCUUAAAGUCAGCCUACUGGGGAUUAUGCUGA